AUGGAGGAGGGAGACAGCGGCAGAAUUCCGGUGAUCAAGAUAAAAAUCCCAAAGAAGGCGGAGGAGGAAGAGGGUGUUCCGAGCCACUACUGCAAGGAAUGCGACCGGAGCUUCAGCUCAGGGAAGGCGCUGGGAGGGCACAUGAGCUCUGCGCAUGUUCAAGCUAACAAGGAGUACUCGAUGAGGAAGGCGAUGAGCUUCAACUCCAAAUCCAAAUCAUCAUCGCCUGGAUCUCCUUGUUGCUCCUGCGGAAUCUGCGGUAGGGUUUUCCAGUCGCAGAAAUCCCUCUUUGGCCACAUGCGGUGCCACCCCGAGCGGGAUUGGCGCGGGAUGGAGCCUCCAUCGACGCCGCGAGACGCCAAAUCAGAAUCGUCGGAAGAGCUAGGGUUUUUCAGUGGGAAGCCUUGGCCUACUUGCAAGAGGGGGCGGCCGGCGGUGGAGAAGGAGAAGGAGAAGGUGGAUGAGGUGGAGGAGAUGUUCAAGGUGGCGGUGCAGGUGCUGGCGAGAGGGAAGAUGGAGAGGGAGUAUCGGUGCGAUACGUGUGGUAAGGUUUUCAAGAGCCACGAGGCGCUCGGAGGGCACCGGGCCAGCCACAAGAAGUUCAAGAUGUCGAUCAUCAACACGAGCACCCGCCAUCUCGAGCCCAAGAAGAUGCCAAGGACCAAGAAGAAUAAGAUGAUGAUGACUAAGCCUGAUUUUGUCACUAGUGAUCCUGGUCCUAGUGAUCAUGUUGAUAGUAAUGCUGAUUCGGCCUCGGCCUCGGGCUUUCUCAUUGAUAUCGAUCUGAAUAUGUCUCCUCCCGAGGAGGAGGUCGAGGACAAGGGCAUAGAGGACUCUUGGAAUGAUAUGCGGUAG